AGGAGAUGUUGUUAUGAUGCCAUGUAAAGCCCUUUGAAUUUUCAAAUUUAACAUGAAUCAUAAAGUUGGCCCUGUUGGCUGCUCUGUUGAAAACCAUGCACUUGCUGUUAUAUUUGUGUUUUUAUUAUAAUAAGCAUACUCUGUUGUGACAAUUAUUCUCUGCAGGAACCAUGUUAAUUAAAGCCAGGCUUGGAGAUGUCCAAAAAUUUGUGCGAGUAACGGAACUGCAUUUGGAGGAGUUUUUGAUUACAGCAUUUGCAAAGUUUGGUGUGCCAGCUGUGACAGAAGGUGUGAAGGUUGUUGACAGUACGGGGACCGAGUUGGAUGAUGACGUGUUCGAGGAUGUUGUUAAGGAUCCUUCAGUGGGAGUGCUAACCAUCAAAUAUGACACUGAAUCUGUCAUGGCACCAUCUUCUGAGCAGUCGGAACUACCAUCCCUUGAUUCGUCUGAUUCUCAAGAAACAGUCAUCCUUUCAGAGAGUCCUUCCGCUAAACGGCAAAGGCUGGACACAGAAGCCAAGAACUUAGUGGAAUCCAUUCUUACCAAGAAACCUGGUGGAGAACACAUAAUAAAUGAAUACAGUCGAAGCAAGUCCCUGACAGAUGAAACCAGGAGGAAAAUGGUGAACAUACUGGCAGCUGACCUGACAGAAAAGAAUGGUACAUCACCACCCAGACAGGUGAAAGAAAAGUAUGCCAGAGGAAUUGUGAGCUUAUUCCCCUACCUCAGAGAUCCGUUCUCCAGGACCGGUCAUGAGCAUUAUUAUUAUGGCGAGAGUGGCACUGGGUACUUGGCCUGGAGGAUUAAAACUAUUCAGAGAUCCACUGCUAGAGACAAACGAUCAUCAUAUAGAGCAUCAUCUGAAGGAACAUCUCGUGAAGAUGGGCUUGGAGGACCGGCUGCCAGACGAGAGACCCAAUUUGUUCCAGAGAGUGUCCUGAGCGAAGAUGAGUGUAAGGAAGCAAUUGCACUGAUGAAACAUUGUCCUGAUGAGGACACAAUCAAGAAGAAGAUGAAGCUGACAUUUGACUUCCGCCGCAACAUGGUCCUCGACCCGCAGCAGUCAAGCAACGUGCUGUCUCUUUUUCCACGUUUCAAAGACGUCAAAGGCCUGGUGGAACAGGAUUUUGUUCUGAUGUUUGGAGAGGAUGUCUCCGGCAAGUUUCUUGAAAAAUGGACGACCGCAUUCAAGAAAAAGAUCAUCCAACAAUGCAGAAAGCUUCCAUCCACCAGUGAGCUUGAAAAUCUCCUCCUGGCAGCUGAUAAUCCUGAGGAUGGCACUGAAGUGGAUGAUAACAUUGGUUGGAACAGUGACCUCAUCAAUUUUGCUGCUGUUACACCUGAUUCCCCCCUCUGCCCAGGGUCGUAAAAGACCAGGAAAGGUGUCUGCUUCUCAAGCAGAGAAGCAUCUUGUGGUCUUUAAGAAGACAGGAACCAACAUCCAAGAGCAUCUUGAUAGCAUCACAUCAAGCGCACAACCCUACCUCCUGGCUUUAGGACGAAAUAAGAAAACGGUUCACCAGUUCUUUGUCAUACUGGACAAAAAUGCCAUCAGUUGCAGGUCGGCUUCCGCACUUGGUGCUUUUGACGAACUGUUUAAGGUGCACUAUGUCUUUGCAACCACUUACAAUCCCAUGUUGUACAACAUGUUCACAUUCAUCCAGACUACUGUGUACAACAUUGAUGUUGGAAAAGUGAAGGAGAGCCCCCGUGUGGCCUAGGUUCGGGCUAGGUUGCUUCACUAGUACUUCUGUAUGACAUGAAGUGUUUCGUUUGUCAGACUGAGUUAACUUGCGCUAAUACACUGGUUAGGCAUUUACGGGUAGUUCAUGGUUACUUGGAUGGAAAAAAUCUUCGUCUUAAAUGUGCGCAGUCUGGAUGUGGCCGUGUACUUGGAACCUUUUCUGGGUUUAGGAAACAUUUAAACACUAAACACACUGACAAUGUCAACCAACAAGUCAAUAAUGAUGUCAAUAUAAGCAGAGCAGAUCUUGGUGAUGCAGAAGAGCUGGUGACGGCUAAUGUAGAGGAAACGGCCACAGCAUCUACCCCACUGACAGAGUCGAGUAGCAGUACUUUAGAUAUGUGCGCUACUGCUAUUGCACAACUCAAAGCAGCUGGAUUAAGUCAGUCUAAUGUUAAGAGGUUUGUCUCAUCCAUGGAAGAAGUUAUUUUUAAAAUUCACAAUCAGGCAAAGGAUGUAGCUUUACAGUGCUUGUCUCCACAGGAUACUGAAAAUAGGAA